GCGUCUUUAUUUCUCCUCCAGAGUCUUUUCGUCUCUUGCUUUCUUCCUUGCUGACAUUUGCCUCUGUCGACGAGCAGGUUGGUAGCGGGGUAACAUGCGCCCUCCAUCUGCCUUCCAGCUCCUGAGGCACAGAGCUCAAGGCAUACGACGCUAUGCUUCAGUAACCGAUCGACCUCGCAUUCCUCAAACUGUCAUCGAAAAGGUCGUUCAGAAGUAUGCCGUUGGCCUGCCUGAAGGCAAGGUUGUGAAGGCGGGAGACUAUGUCAUGAUUCGUCCGCAGCAUGUUAUGACCCAUGACAAUACUGGACCUGUAAUCUCAAAUGUGCAUUAGGUUCAACUCCAUAGGUGCUACGAAUAUAUUCAAUCCUUCACAACCCGUCUUUACGCUGGAUCAUGACGUACAAAAUAAAUCACCGAAGAACCUGCAGAAAUACGCUACGAUCGAGGCAUUCGCCCGAAAGCAUGGUGUCAAUUUCUACCCUGCAGGUAGAGGUAUCGGUCACCAAAUCCUCGUCGAAGAGGGUUACGCAUUCCCAAAUACCCUCACUGUGGCUAGUGACAGUCAUAGUAACAUGUACGGCGGUGUUGGUUGUGUUGGUACGCCGAUUGUUCGUACGGAUGGUGCGGCUCUUUGGGCGACCGGACAGACAUGGUGGCAAGUUCCUCGAAUGGUCAAGGUCGAACUCAAGGGCAGACUCUCGCCCGGAGUAACUGGAAAGGAUGUUAUUGUUGCUCUCUGCGGCUCAUUUAAUCACGACGAGGUGCUCAAUGCAGCUAUCGAGUUCACUGGUGACGCUAUCCCACAGCUUUCUGUCGACGAUCGACUUACUAUUGCAAACAUGACCACGGAGUGGGGCGCACUAGUCGGUGUUUUUCCUGUUGACGAUGUUCUGCUCCAAUGGUACGAGAACAGGUUAAAGAAAUUGGAAUUCCGCACGUUCGCUUCUGCGUCUGAUUCGUCGAUACCGCCUCCGCCUGAACACCCUCGUAUCAACCGUCGCCGUCUCGAUGCACUUCGCGCAAACAGGCUCACUUCAGACCCUGACGCACAGUAUUCAUCACAUCUCGUACUCGACCUGUCGACCCUUGUACCUUACGUCUCCGGUCCUAACAGUGUCAAGGUCGCGAAUCCGCUUCCCGUCCUCCAGGCUUCCCACAUUGCAAUCAACAAAGCGUACCUCCUCAGUUGUACUAACGCUCGUGCAUCUGACAUCUCUGCUGCAGCUGCCGUCAUCAAAGGUCACAAAGUUGCACCUGGAGUACAGUUCUAUGUCGCACCAGCUAGUUCGGAAGUUCAGGCAGAGGCCGAGCAAAACGGUGACUGGGCGACCUUACUCGCUGCCGGUGCUAAACCACUGCCCGCUGGAUGUGGACCAUGUAUCGGAUUGGGCACAGGUUUGUUGGAAGAGGGUGAAAUUGGAAUUAGCGCGACGAACAGAAAUUACAAAGGUAGAAUGGGACAUCCCAAGGCUCAAGCUUACCUAGCCAGCCCUGCUGUCGUCGCCGCCAGUGCCGUCAAAGGAUUCAUUGCCGGACCUGAUUCAUUGGAUCCUUCCUCGCUGCCCCCAGCUAGUCCCCCAACCUUCUCCAUUGUGAACCCCACUUCAUCAUCUAGAUCCAGCUCGGUAUCAGCUCCGAAAGAGGCUGCUCUUCCAGGAUUCCCCACGUCAUUCUCUGGUCCAUUGCUAUUUGCACCUCAGGACAACCUCAACACCGACGGGAUCUACCCAGGAAAGUAUACCUACCAAGACGAUAUCACUCUAGAACGUCAGGCCGAAGUUGUCAUGGAAAACUAUGACCCGGCUUUUGCCAGCCUUGUCGCCACUCUGCGCAAAGAUCACAUCAAUGAUGACACCUCCUCUUCAUCUGCUACCAAGCACGGCAUCAUCCUCGUAUCAGGAUACAACUUCGGCACAGGCUCUUCCCGCGAACAAGCAGCCACCGCAUUGAAGUCCGUAGGGAUCCCUCUAGUCAUCGCCGGUUCCUUUGGAGACAUCUUCAAGCGCAAUGCUAUCAACAACGGUCUCGUAUGUGUCGAGUGCCCCGAACUCGUAGCGGACCUUACUGCAGAAUUCGCAAAGGACGGCGUACGGGGUAAAGGUGGGAAAGAUGGAGAGUUGACGGUGGAUAAAGGCGUGUCAAUUGAUGUCAAGGCGGUUGACGGACGAGUGGAUGUGAUAUGGCCUAAUGGCGAGAAGAAGAGUUAUAAUGUGGGGAGCGUUGGUGCUAGUGUACAAGAGUUAUGGCUGUGUGGUGGAUUGGAGGGAUUCGUCUUGAAGUCGAUCCAGGCCCAAUCUGCCGCGCAGUAGUUGUGUGAAGAGUUUCGAAAGGGACUGGAAUGAAAAGUAUGAUCUACUUGUAUGUAUGUUAUUAUUCUAAUAAUUUCUUUUGCUUGGAUUCGAAUGACAUGCUUGGAUGAUAUGCAUGCGUCCAGUGUCUUGCACCAGUUACCUUUCGCCCCAUGCGUUUAACGACCGUGCCGAACAGUUGAAGAUGAAUCUAGUCAAGAUCUACUAUAACGUGUGGCUAGUUUACAUUUAACUCUCAGACCUCAACUCCUGUGGAUAUGACCGUGUAUACGCACACCGUCAUUUAGCGACCAUUCUACAAAAUUGGCGUGAUUUGAGAACACGAAAGGCUGCAUCUUUGAACAAUAACAUAUUAAGCUCGCUGAGUACAUGAGUGGAGGGGAUCACCGUUACAUAAAUAGAAAAGAAAAAAAGUAGGCUACAUAGUCAGACACUCCAUACGUAACGUGGCGUAAAUUAUUUAAAACAAUACAGAAUACAACAAUCACCGCAGCCCAUUGGAAUCGGAAGUACGCGAAGGCUGAGGACUCGUAGAAUUAUUCACAUAGGCAGA